AUAUGCAAGCUGCAGCCAUUCCAAACAUCAUAAAUUCCCACAGAAAUGAUCAGUCUUAACAAUUUUUUAAAGACUCAAUAUGAUUAUUUAAAAUCACUAAUUGAAGUGGCUGGGAAUUUGGUUUCCACUUUCUGCCAACAAGCUAAAAGAGUUCUUACAUACCUGUCUCUCUAGUGCUUUGUCUUGAAAUGACAGCUGUCAUAGCAUUUGCAACUGAGCUUAUAGCAAGAGGUACUUUUUGAUAGGAAGGAAAUGGCUUUUGCAUUUGACAAGUGUUUCUUUUCACAGCGAUAAUUCACAGGUGUUCCAGCCUAACGUUUUGCGAACCCGCAGGAACAGUACCACAGUUAUGAAUCGUCAUAGCCUGUUUGUGCCAUCAUCUCCUAUCCGUGUUCCUAGCAGCCGUCUUCAUCAAAUCAAACAGGAAGAAGGAAUGAAUCUGAUGAACAGAGAAACAGUACGUGAAAGAGAAGUGCAAGUAGCAAUGCAGAUGAGCCACUCAUGGGAGGAGAGCUUGAGCCUGAGCGACAAUGAUUUUGAAAAAUCAUCAUCACCAAAGCAAGUAGACUUUGUCCCAGUUUCUCCAGCUCCUUCACCUACUAGAGGAAUAGGGAAGCAAUGUUUCUCACCAUCUUUGCAAAGUUUGGUGAGUAGCAGUGGAUUACCUCCAAGUCCUAGCCCAAGUCCGACGAGGCGAUUUUCAAGGAGAAGCCAGAGUCCAAUUAAUUGUAUUCGGCCAAGUGUUCUUGGGUCAAUAAAAAGAAAAGGUGUAACAGAGAUAGAAGAUCAUCCAAAAAGAUUAUUCCAAGGAUCCACCAACAUGCUUACCCCUGACGUUUCACAUCAGGUGGACCUUGGGGGAUGUCUGUCGUCACAUGCUCUUGAUGACAACAGAAGCAGUGCAGGCUCUUCCUGUGACUCACCAGCUGAAGUCAGCACCAACACAGACUCUCCAGUCUCACUUUCUGACUCCAGAUCUCCUUUCUUACCAGUAGAUCUUACGGCUAAGUUACCUAUUAAUUAAGAAGCAGAACUCUGCUAAUGGACACCGAGAAACAGGCUGGAUAUCAAUAAGACUUUCUGUUGUGUGUAACUGAUUCUGUUCCUCAUAGGAACUUCCAGAAAUGUCGUUAUUUCUACAAAACUUGCAGAAUAGUUCCUUGAGGAGGAAUUCACGUUUCUAGUGAUUUGUAUGACAUUUACUAAAAUACAGUAAGCAUUUGAAUUGCAAACAUAUUUGAUGCUAAUAUCAGUAAGCAAGCUGUUGAUUUACAGUUGAUAUUGUCUUGUUGGCAUAAGUUACAAAUACUCUAUGUACAUUCUGCUUGUAGAAGACUUGGCUUUCCAACAGCCAACAGGCAGUGUCCUCACUAAUACAAAGUGGUGCUUAUGUAGUAGCAGAUAACUUUCACAUUUGUCCUCAGUCUGAAACCAGUGGAGCAGCUUACUAAUUUUUUAUUCCCCAGGUGUUAGAUAUUUUGUGGUUUUGUUCUUCAUAUGAAAGGGGGAAUACUGGGGGGGGGAAUUGAUUCUUGUGUUGUAUUAUGAUUGGCUGUUAAUCAAUUCUGUGUUCUAAUAGGUGUCAAAAGAACAAGUUGGUGAAUUGUCAACUUAAAUUUAUAUGUUGGAUUUUAUUCAUAAUCAUGACUGCUGUUGUGACUAAAUCUAAGUUAGGUGUGGAACAUUCUCCUGGGGUUUUGUAUUGGUUUGGGUUUUAUUUCCCUAUUUAUAUGAUAUGUUAGAGUGGUAGAUGGUUUUUUACAGGCCUUUUAAUAGGGAAAAAUAGUAAUGGUUGGAACAAAACACUAAAUCCUGAUGGUUUAGUAUUUCAGAAGUGCAUUAUCUUAACAGACAGUAUUUGUCCUCAUAUAUGACUUCUGGGCAAAUAUACUGAGAAAUCUUUAAUGCCUCUUUACAGGCUGAGGCAACCAGACAUGUUUAAUCUGUGUUUAAUCUCCUGAUAUCACUCCCUCUAACAAUAGCAUCAGGUUAUUUCUGCUGUUGAAAACUGAUGCUGAUUGAAAGACUAGAAUUUGGUAAUCGGGGAUGUUUCAGGAUUCUUGUACUAUGUUUGAAAAGUCAGUGGGUUGAGGCAUCCUGAUUUCAACUCUGAAAUUCCCCAGACAGGAGGAAAAAAUCUGCAAACUCCACCAUAGCUGUUUCAGAUUUUCCUGUGGCAACCUUACUGUGGUUGUUGACUCCUGUUCUACAGUUGAACUUCCCCAGCCGAGUCCCCUUUUGUACGUGUGUAUGCAUCUGUACUAUGUGGUUUCAAGCCUUCUCUCCAGAAAGGUUAAUAAUGAAGCAAAAUGUUUUAUUUUUGAACACUAAAUCUUUGUAAUGUGUAAUAAAGUGAGAAAAGUAUGGAAACUUCCUCAAGUAGGAGAAGAGCCCACUCUGAGUGCUGCUGCGAAAGAGUCACAUGGAUGAAGCCUUGAUUGACAGCAGCCAUCAAAAUUAGAAACGGACAACUUGGAGUGCAAAGACCUGGUGACCUGAGGACCAAUGACCAGUUUCUGUAUGUCCUUACUGUAGAAAGAAAAUAGAAUGUAUUUAAUAGUUUUGCUCAGUUCAAGUAAGAAAUGACAUGUUUACUUCUGAUUUCAUUCCUCUUAAAUUAUUGUAAUAGUCAACUUUCUGAUUGCAGUUCCUUUUUAAAUUCAGACUGCCCCUCAUCCCCGUGGCAGAUGGACAAGCUUGUGUUUAAUGUCUGUUUGCCCCCUGUCUGAUAGGGCAGGGUUUUGUUUUGUAAUUUCAGGUAUGUGCCAAAGAGUUGCUGUGCGUUCACUCUUGUGGUGAGGGCAAGACUUUUUUUUUUUUUUAAAUCUUGCUUAUUUCUUAAGAAUGAACCCCCUGGUGUCUCUUCCAGUCUUUUUUAAAAGAUGCAUCAGUGGAGCGGUUUAAUAGUUGCGUGUGGGUCAACUUGUCUCUUCUGUUGAAUAUUUAUGCUGUUUCUCAAAUAAGUGCCAAUAAAUG